AUGCGUUAUAAAGAACAUGGAAUUGUUAUUGAACCAAAUGAAAUUGAAUUUCCACAUGUAAUACAAAAUAAUGCAUAUCGACAAACAAUUCAUGUUAAAAAUGUAGGAAAUAAAAGUAUACGUAUACAAAUAUUUCGACCAGCUAUCAAGGAUUUUCAAUUAAUUGUUAAUAAUCCAGAUCAACCUGUUCCACCUGGUCUUGAAGUGACAGGUGUUGUUGAAUAUGUAGCAAAAUCUAAUCAAGAACAACGUGAUAUUAUUGUUGUUGACAUUGAUGGACAAGAAAUACAAAUUCCUCUAUUUGCUUUUCCAGCACGACCAGAAAUUUCAGUUGAUGAAUUAAUCGAUUUUGGUGUUCAUGUUGCUGAUAAUAAGACUGUUUAUAAAACGAUUUUUGUUCGAAAUACUGGUAGUACAGCUGCACCAUAUAAAAUUGAGUAUAAAGGUGAACAUCCAAUUGGAUUUUCACCACAUUCAGCAGUUAUCCAACCAAAUUCUUCUAUUACGGUCGAGGUAUCUUUAUUAACAUCAAUGGUAACAGAAAUUAAUGAUACUGCUACAUUAGAUGCAUGUCAUAAAACACAUGAAAUAAAAUUAAUAGGAAAAAUAAUGAAUCGUCGUUUAUGUUUAUUACAUCCAAAAACUAGUGAAGAAUUACAAAAACUUAAUUUUGGCUCGUGUUAUUAUGGUUGUGAUCUUACAGCAUUAGCUAUUUUAUAUAAUGAUUCACCUGAAUCAGUUGCUUAUUCAGCAUUAAUCGAUGAUUCAAAACCAACAGAUUUAGAUCAAGAAGAAACAUCUUAUGUUAUAUAUACAAUGAAUCCAUUAAAUUCUAUAAUUACUGUUUUUCCAAAUCAAGGCAUACUUAAUCCAUUUGAAAAACGUCCAUUAUUCUUUCGUUUUAGUCCAAGAACUUAUCCGCCAAAACAAGCAUUUGCUACUACACUUGAUUUACCACCAAGACGUGAUAUAGCUGCUUUCAUGUAUUUUGAAUUGUUAGGUGCAAGUCCUGGUCUAUCAAAUAUUGAACAUAGUAAAACAAAACUUGAAAUAGCUGUAGCUGGUACAGCAUUACCAGUUAUAUUAUCACUUGAACCACAAGCAUUACAAUAUCAACUAACAUAUAUUGGACAAAAAAGUGAACAAAUGAUUCAUAUUUAUAAUCAAUCUGAUCAUAAAUCAAUUGAUUUUCGUUUUCCAUCAAUUGCAAAUUUUGCUAUACAACCAGCAAGUGGAAAAUUAAAACCACGAGAAAAAUUAAAAAUUCUUGUUACAUUUAUUCCACAUCAAAUCGGUAAUAUUAAUAAAACACUUAUAUGUGAAGUAUUGGGUGCAGUUGUAAAUCCUAAUGCACCAGUUUAUACACAAUCAAAACCUAUUCAUCAAACACAAUGUUUAUUAACGGGUGAUGCAGCAGUUAUUACUGAAAUACCAGCAGAAAAAUUUAAUAUGGGUCUUAAACCAAUAAUUUCUAAUGAAGUUGGUAUUAAUGUGAAUACAACACAAGAUUCAUUAAAACGUUUUUAUCCACGUGCAGCUGUUUUAAAUAGUGCUAAUGAUACAAUACAUAAUAAACGUGCAUCAACUACAUAUUUAAAUAAUUUUAAAAAACAUAAAGUAUCAUUUCCAAAUGAUCGUGCAAGAAGUAUUGGUCCAUUUAAUCGAGAAGAUAGUUUUAUAACACCAUUUACUAAAGAAGAACGAUAUAAUUAUAUUGAUCCUGAUUAUGCAUAUACAGAUGAAGAAAGAAAACAAAUUGAAAUGCAUGAAAAUAUGUAUAAUCAAUUAUUUGAUGAACAAAGAUAUCAACGAUCAGAAGUUAAAAGAACAAAAGAAUAUAAAAAAUAUGAUAAUGAAACAGAUCUUGGAAUAAAGCCAGGCAAUGGACUUGAUUCACCUCAUAUUGCUUUACAGGAUGUAGAAAAAAAUGUUAAUAAAGCUAUAAUUCCAUCUUAUCCCAAUUGGAAAUAUCGUUUACCAACAACAUCUGAAUUAGCUGAACAAGAACAAACAUUAUUACAUAAACCAUUAAAAGAAGGUCUUAAUUCAGUACCAACAACACAAAGAGAAAAAAAUGAUUGUGCUAUACUUUUAUCACCAAGUCAAUUAUUUAAAAUUGUUGUUGGACCACCAGAAUUAAAUUUUGGUGAAGUUUGUGUUAAUGCACCUGUAACAAAAUUUUUAUCUGUUCUUAAUAAUCUUGAUCAAUAUAUUCUCGUUCAAAUUGAUGUUGAUUCAGCUGCUUUAAAAAUGACAUCACCAUUAUGUCAAGUUAUACCAGGAAAAUCUCAUGUACAAUUUCCAAUAACAUUUGAACCAACACAAAUUGGUCUUUAUCAACGUUCACUCUCAUAUAUAAUUAAUAAUUUUUAUCGUCAUUAUGUUAAAAUAAUAGCUGAUGUUCGUGUACCAACAGUACAAUUAUCAACAGAAAAACUUCUUAUACGUUCAUUAUCACAUCUGUUAGCUGAAGAUUCAUUUCGUAAAGUUGUUCAUUUAUAUAAUCCAUUAAAUGCACCAGCUGAAUUUCGUUGGAUACCUAUUAUUGGUCCAAAAGGAACAGCGUUUUCAAUUCGUCCAGCAACAGGAGUUAUUGAACCAUAUCAAACAAUUGACAGUGAAGUUGUUUGGUAUGGUAGUACACAAGCACCAUUAGAAAAUUUUUUUACUUUACAUGUUUAUUCAACAAAUGAUUCACGAAAAGUACCAGCAAAUAGUUCUUCAAUAACACCAAAUAAUGAAACAACACUAACACUUCAAUGUAUUGCUCAAGUUGGUAAAGCAAAAUUUAAAAUUCCAGAAAAACGUGUUAAUUUUGGUUUAAUACCAAUAAAUAUGACAUCAAAAAAAUCAUUUACUAUUGUUAAUGAAGGAAUAAAUCAUCUUUUUUAUCAAAUAACUGACCCAAAUCCAUGUUCUGGUGUUGUUAUAAAUCCAGCAAAUGGUCUUGUUUCAGCUGGUUCACAAACAAGUAUAACAAUUGAAGUAACACCAAUUGAACUAAUUAAAUUCGAUAUUAAAUUUGGUUUAAAAGUUCUUGGACAAAAAGAACAAGAAAUUCGGAUGACAGGUGAAGUUAUUGAACCAGAUUUAAAUAUUCCUGAAGAUGAAUUUAAUUUUGGUGGUGUACCAAUAUUAAUGAAAGCAACAAAACAAUUUCAUAUUGAAAAUAAAGGCACUGUCAAAGGUAUUGUUGAAAUAAAUCUUUCAAAAUAUCCCGAUUUUAGUAUAAAAACAAAUCCACCUAUUGGUAAUGAACAAUGUUGUACACAAAAUGGUCAAGUUUAUAGUAUAACUGUUCAACCAAAUGAAUCUAUUGAAGCUGAACUUAUUCUUGUUCCAGCUGAAAUUGCUUUCUAUGAUUUUCUUCUUCCAAUUCGUACAUGCCCACCAUUAGUUAAUGUUGAAGGUUUAUCACAAGCAUCAAAACCUUCAUCAGCUAUACAUCAUCAUCGUGAAUUAAGUGCAAGUGAACAAAAAGCUUUACAACCAUCACAUCCACCUAUAAAUCGUCGUAUACGUGCAACAGCAUUAUCUGAUUGUUUACAAUUAUCAACAAAAGAAUUACAUUUUCAAAUGUAUUCAACACAAUAUAAUGCUAUGAAACAAGGUGCUUAUUGUGAUUGUCAAGAAAUCAUAUUAAUAAAUAAUAGUAAAAAAAAAAUUCAUUGGCAACUUGAUUUACGUGAUAAUAUAACAUUAGAUAAUGAUAUAUUUCGUGUAGUACAUUCAUCACUUGUACCAUUUAUAAGUCCAUCAACAAAUAUUGGACCAGAAGGUGAAAUUGAACCCAAAGAAAUUUUUUCAUUUAAAAUUAAUUUUAUACCAAAAAAACCUGGAAUAUAUAAAACACGUAUACCAUUUUAUAUAAAUCAUAAUCAACAAAUACCUUAUACAUAUAUUGAAUUAAUUGGAGAAUUAAUUAUGCCAAGUUUAAUAUUUGAACCAAGACGUUUAAUUCUUCCACCAGUACCACUUGAUAUUGAAAGUGUUGGAACAGUUCGUGUACGAACAAAAGGUUUUGAAAAAAAUACAAAAUUAAUUAUCUUAUCUCAUGUUAAACCAAUAGAUGUUUCAUAUGAAUUUCAUGCAUCAUUUGUUGAACCAGCAAUAGUUACUGUUGAUAAACAACAAGAUUUUACGAUGAAAAUAUUUUUUAGUAGUAAUCAUUCAUAUUCUGAAAAACUUAUUGUUAAAAUAAUUGAUGAAGAAAGAAAUAGUUUUGAAUAUGAAGUUUAUGUUACAGCUGAUAAUUCAAUAUUUACAUGUUAUUCAUUUUUAUGGAAAUCAGAAAAUGAUUAUCAAAUUGUUGUACAACCAGGUCAAAUUAUGAAAGGAAGUAGAAUUAGAUCUGAUGAAAGUAAUUCAAGUGGUGAACCACUUUUAGUUCAAAAACGUACAGCAACAAGUUCAAAUUCUCGACCAAAUACAAGUACAAGUGCAACAUUUGAUCCAAUUGAUCAAACAUCUGAUGAAACAUCAACAGAUGAAAAUAUAUCAGCACAAAAUCGAAAUGAACGUUCUCCGACACCUUAUGCUCGUAUUCGUUCUGGUUCAUCAAAUACAUUUCAUCAAGCAACAACUGUUAGUCAAGAAUUAAAUGCUGUUUCAAUUCCAUAUUUGGAUAAUGAUUCAAAAACAUUUCAAUGGCUUGUAUCAACACUUGAACGAUGGUAUUCGAAUCAAGGUUGGCCUAAAGGUACACAUUCUGUUAAAAUUCCUCAAUCAUUUCGAAAUGCAUUAUUUAAACGACUAUUUGAAACAGUUGGAACCAAACAAAAUGCAAAAGAAGAACAAAAAACAAUUUAUGAUAUGAUAACACAUUUAAGUGGACAUGCAUUACCAGGUAUACCACAAAAUUCUGUACCACCAAAAAAAAUGGAUGAAGCUACAAAACAAUAUUUAUGGCAACAUCGUUUAUUAUUAUUAUUUUUAAAAACACAAGGUUCAUGUACAGCUUUUAUUCGUCCAGAAUAUCUUCUUCCAUUCGAUUUAUAUAAUGUUUAUGUACAAAUGCGUGAAACAGCUUUAUCAGCAAGUAUAUCGAAUGAACAAAAAGAUACUGAAUUAACUCAAGAACUUACAAAACCUCUUCAUUUAUCACAAGAAGUUUUUGAAACUGUAUCCAAAAAAACAUGGGUCGAUGUACUGAUGCAAAUACUUAAAAGUCUUGUACUUGGUCGUAUAACACCAAAAUCAUAUGAACAAUUAGGUAUACCGGAACGAAGUAAAUUAAUGCCAGAUAUAAAUACUGAUCCAACAUCAAGUAAUAUUUAUGGUAUUAGUGAACGAAUAUUAUUAACAUGGCUUAAUUAUUGUUAUUCAAAUUAUCGUGAACAAGUUUGGACACAUCGUGAACAAUCUAAUAUGCCAUCUGGUCGUUGGAUUGUUAAUUUUGAUAUUGAUCUUGUUGACAGUAUUGUACUUGGUACAGUAUUAGGUGCCUAUUGUCCAUUUUUAAUUGAACCUCAUUUACAACGUAUGUAUGUUCAUCCAACAACUGGUGAACAAUAUUUACAAAAUGCACUUAUUAUUAUUUCUUGUUUAUUACAACUUGGUCUUGAAUAUGAUCUUCAAGCAUUAGAUAUAACACGUGCUGAUCCUAUAUGCAUGUGUUUAUUUGUUUGUUAUUUAUAUGAACAUUUACCUGAGUAUUUAUCCAAAGGUACAAUACAAUUUGGUGGUAUUUUACAUGAACCAUCGACAUCACAAGUUAAAAUAACAAAUCCAAGUAUACAAACAUUAACUUAUUCAAUGAAUAUUAUUGGUCGCGAUGCUGAUGAAUUUCAACUUGUUAAAGGUGCAACAUUAAGUAUACCAGCUAAAACAUCAUUAUUAGUUAAUAUUCAAUCGAAAAAUAAUCGUCUUCGACCAACUGAUGCUGUUUUAUUAUUAUAUGGAAAACGAACAAGUACUUAUCCAGGUUCAGCUAUGGUCUUUUAUUUACAAGGUUCAAUACAAACAGUUACACCAAAAUGUGUUUAUUCGACAAAGAAAAUUCAUCGUAUUGAAGCACCACUUUAUAAAAUAACAAAAUCAACAAUUGAAAUAACAAAUCCAUAUGAUCAAGGUGGUAUCUUUCAAGUAGCUAUUGUUAAUUCAUCUGAAAAUACACAGGAAAUGAAAAAUCCAUUAGUUACAUCAAUUGAAGGAAAUAAAAAAGAUACAGUUGAAGAAUUAUUUCAGAAUUUAAAAAAAACUAAAAAAAGAUCAAAUCAAAAUCAUGAAGCUGAUUGUUUUUUUAUUGAACAAACUUCAAUUGAAUUAAAAGCACAUGAAACAAAACAUUUUGAAGUGCAAUAUAUUGCAACAACAUCCAAACGUCGUGAAGCAUUACUUGUUUUUAUGAAUGAAACAAUAGGAGAAUUUCUUUUUCUUAUUGAAGGUAUUCCAAAGAAACCUGAACCAUUUCCCGUAUCCAGUGACAAAGCAAUGAAAUUUGAUCAGAAGAAAGCUAAAGUAGAAAAACUACGCUUUCAAGCUGUAGUUGGUGUAACAAAUGUAUUUGAUAUUGAUAUUCCUGUAAAAAAUAGUCAACGACACAAUGCUUUAGUUGCUGUUCGAUGGCAGGGCAUGUCAGAACGUGAACGACAAAAACAAACAUUACUUGGUUUAACUAAUCAAUUACCAGAACCUUCAAAAAAAACUUUUCAUCCAUAUUCUCGUUUACCUGAAUUUAAAGUUCAAUCAUCAUCAACAUCAAAUAAUUUUAUUAUUCCAACAAGUUUAUCAUUUCCAACCGAAGAAUUAUCUGUUAAAUUACCAAUACGUUUUCAAGCUGAUAAAACAGGUAUUUAUUCAACAAGAGUUUCUUUAACAUGUGGUGAUGAUAUACGUGAUUUUGAUAUUGAAAUACAUUGUGUUACACAAAGUGAUAAUGAUAAACAAACAGCUGGAUUACAUAUGAGAACAAGUGUAUUUACACCUGUACAACAAAACAUUCCAAUUGCUAAUUCAACUGAAGAUGAUUGGAAUAUGACAGCAACAUUUUCGGGUAAUAAAGCAUUUUCUGGACCAAAAACAUUUCGUGUUGAAGCUAAAUCAGUCUAUCAAUAUCCAUUAACAUUUCAUCCACAAAUUGAAGAUGAUAAAUUUCAAGCUCAAAUGAUAAUUAGUAAUGCUGAUACAGGUUUUACACAAGCAUAUAAUCUACGUGGUAAAGCUGAUCGUGGACCACCUAUCGGUCAUUUACAAUUAGAAAGCAAAGUUGGUUCAACAACAACUCAUACUAUUAAUAUAUCAAAUAAAAAAGCGAAGAGAACUGCAUAUUUUGUCACAUGUAAUCUUCCAUUUGUUCAAGGACCACCUUAUGUUUGUGUUCAACCAAAAAAAUCUGCUCGAUAUGAAUUUGAAAUUUGUCCACCAAAACGAGGCACUUAUAAAGGUGUUGUCGUUUUUCAACCAGGACCAUGGCCUAUUAAAGAUAUUGAUUCUGAUGGUGAUGAAAUUCCACCACUUGAACAAGAUGAUCCGGCAGAUUUUCAAUAUUCACUUUGGUUUACGGUUGAUAUUAACGUUCAAUCACCUAAUCCUCAAACAACAGUUGAUUUAACAGCACCAUGUUUAGGUUCAAAUUCAUUAAUUAUUCCAUUGAAAAAUCCGCUUGAUCAUCCAAUACGAUUAGAUAUUGAUUUAGAAACAUUACCAGAUGUUAUUGGUAAUGAUUCAAUAGAAAUAGAAGCAAAUGGUGAAGCUCGUUAUGAACUUAUAUUCAAACCGAAAACUAUUGGAAAUUGGAAUGGAGGUCUUAUCUUUUAUAAUGAUGAAAUUGGUGAAUUUUGGUAUGAAAUUAAUUUAAUUAGUACAAAUCCACAAAAAGUUGAAUUACCAUCAAUGAGUGCACCACUUGGAGGAAAUGCUACACAAGAAAUAACAAUUGAAAAUCCACUGGAUGAACACGUUACAUUUCAAACAAUAUUAUCAAAUAAUAAUAAUUUUACAAUAAAUACUGAUCAAGAUACAAUAAUAGUCCAACCUAAAAGUCAAGCUAAAGUUAAUAUUAUAUUUAAUCCUUCAUCGAUUGGAAAUGGAACUGAACAAAAACAUCAAUCGAAAAUUUCAUUUGUUAAUGAUAAGAUUCAAACAAAUCAGGAUUCUCUUCCGAGUACUGAAAAACUUGGUACAUUGAAAUAUACUGUUAAAGGUGUUGGUACAAAACCUCAAAAACAACAAUCUCCUAUUAUUAUGACAAGUGAAACUGGUGUUAGCUCAACAACAAAUAUUGAUUUUCAAAAUCCAUCUAAUCAUCCGAUUCGAUGUGAUUUUUCUCUUUCAUCUGGAAUGAAUAAUUCAUUUCGUAUUUUACUUGAUAAAAUUGAAAAUAUAUCAAUUGGACCACGAGAAAAAUUUCAUAUUCCAAUUGCGUUUUGUCCAGAAACCUUAUCUCGACAUGACGCACAAUUACGUAUUAUUGGACGUUUACCAGAAGGAAAAACUUGGUCACCGGACAGUCCUGAUGCAUCUGAACUUUCAUGGACAUAUCCUUUACAAGGCAUUGCUUUUAAUUGGAUUCGUCAAAAAGAUGAAGCGGAUAAUCAAUUGACAAUAAUUGAAUGUGUAGCUGGUGAACGAGUUGAACAACAACUUGAAUUUGAAUUAAAUCGACAAUUAUUUCGUUUUGAUAAUCGACAUUUAAAUAUAAAAAGAAAUCCAACUGCUAUUGAAAAUUAUACAAUCAUUAAUGAAAAUAUUUCUAAUCAAGAAUUUGUUCAAAAUUCAAUUGGUAUUCAACUUCUUAAACGUGAUAAUGAAAAAAGUGAUAUUGUUCGUUUUAAUAUUAUCUAUACACCAUCAAAAUUUAUAACAAUGGAUUGUAUACUUGUUUUAACACUUGCAACUGGUGGUCAAUUAAAAUAUCCAUUACGAUUUGUUAAACUUGACAUACCACCAGAUGAUGAGAUUACACUUGAAGCUGUUGGCCUUAAUAAAAUAUCUACUAUUGGUUUCCGUUUAUAUAGUCCAGUAGAUUCACCAAUUCCAUUUGAAGCUUAUUUUACAUCAAACAGUGAUCGAUCAUUCGGUAUAACACCAGAGUAUGGUGAAUUAUUACCAGCAAGUGCAAAUGGUACUUUAUUAAAAAUAUCAUUUUGUCCAACUGUUUAUGGACGAACUUUCAACGCUAUGUUAAUUGUGAAUGCACAAGAUCAUCAAUGGAAAUAUGUUGUUCGUGGUGCAUUACCACAUUAUGAACCACCAAAAAAUCGUUCAAGUUUACCAUCUGUUAAUAGUGAUGAAUUCGCUAGUCGACGAGCAGGAGCUAAGAAACGAAAUUUUAUUCUUGAAAAUCUUCAACUUCAACAAACAGCUGUCUCAUCACCGAUAAAAGGUGCAUCUGUGUUAACAAAACCAAGUGAAACAACCAGUGUUUAA